GAGAUAUGGAGAGAGAGAAUGGAGAGUAGUAGUAGUAUACUAGUACUAAGCUUGUACACCAUGAAAAGUAACGAGGUUAAUGAUGAGUGAGUGGUACACUAGUACUACUCUCUAUUACUCCGAAAAAGAAGAGGAGAAAGGGUGGUGUUUGCUGAAAAGAAAGGCAAGAAACAGCAUAUGGGUUCCAGACAGAGCAUUGAAUGAGUUUGAAAUUUCAGCUUGAAUCGAGGGUAAGAAAGACAGAGAUGUGUGAGUGAGACAAAGCACCGAAAUUUUGAAAAUUCGACAGAAAGAGAGAGACACAGGGGCAUGGAGAAAGAGGAAAAAGGUAGAGAGAGGGAUGUGAAAAAGGAAGAAUUUUUAGGAUUAAAGUUGAAACGCGGGAUGUUGGUGGGGAAAAGAGGGGGUAAUACUACUCCUUCGCCUACAUGGAGAUAUGGUGGUUUGACUCAAUCUCAGGCUGCUGAGGGUUCUAGACUUCAAGAUUUCAGCUUUCCCUCCAAUUUCCCUGCCAAAAUUUCUGCCAGACAGCUUGGUGCCAACUUGUGGGAAGUCCAGCCUCAUAUGGAAGUGGUCGAGAUGAGUAAAGCUGCUGCUAGGCCUCUUCUACGUCACAAAAACAAGGUUAAGGACAAGGGCUUUGAGCUUCCCAAGACCCACUUUGAUCAGCCUCCUCAUAGCCCCCAACAUCAGCCACCAACUGAAAGUGAGCUAAAGAAACGUUUUACAAAGGCAUUGAUGCAACACGAUCACUCAGCUGAAAGAAAUGGGCGUGCUUUACCACCAGAGACUCCUGGAAGUAGCAGCUCUAUGGAGAUGACUCCUUAUAGACCGGAUAUCACCCCAACUGGUGCUCUGCACCUUAAAGGUAGACUCAGAGAAUCAAGCUACAACCUCAAGACAUCCACAGAGUUGCUUAAAGUACUCAAUAGGAUUUGGAGCCUUGAAGAACAGCACACUUCAAAUAUUUCAUUGCUAAGAGCAAUGAAGAAGGAACUUGAUCAUGCACAUGCAAAAAUUAAAGAAUUAUUACAGGAGAAGAAAAGACACCGUAGGGAAAUGGAUGAUAUGAUGAGACAGUUGACUGAAGAUAAAUUGAUAAGGAAACAUAAGGAGGAAGAUGAUGUUGAAGAUACUUUCCAGUCUAUGAGAAAAGAAAUUGAAGAUGAAAGAAAAUUGAGAAAGCAUUCAGAAAGCCUUCAUCGUAAGUCAACUCGAGAGUUAGCAGAUGUCAAGUCUUCCUUCUCAAAUGCUGUGAAAGAACUUGAAAGAGAAAGGAAAGCACGGAUACUGCUGGAAGACUUGUGUGAUGAGUUUGCCAAGGGAAUAAGAGAUUACGAACAAGAGAUCCGACUCAUAAAGAAAAGAUCUGACAAGGAUUGGACCUUACAGGAGCAUGCUGAUCGAUUGAUUCUUCACAUUUCUGAGGCUUGGCUUGAUGAACGAAUGCAGAUGAAGCUGGUGGAAACUCGCUCUGGUCUUCCAGAUAAGAGAACAAUUGUGGAUAAGCUAAGCAUAGAAAUUGAAACCUUCCUUCAAACUAAAAAAUCUGUUUCUUCUACAAAUGAUGAUAUGUUGUCAUCAAAGAUGCCUGCUGGAAGUCACUUACGUAGGUAUUCUUUAGAGUCCUUUCACUUGAAUGAGCCUGGAAGUGCUCCUCUGAAUGCGGAUGAAGAAGAUUAUGUUGAUAGUGGUUUAUAUUGUUCUCAAUUGAAAAGAGGUUCAAGUAAGAAAGAGAGCAAUAGCUCCUCCAAGAAACAAAGUGAAAAUGCUCCAGCUGGUCAUCUUGCAAAGAUUGUCAAAUCAAAUCAUAUCAAGAAAAAGCUUCUGUCACAGGAACAUAUGGAUGAUUCUGAUCAUUUACACCCAGAACUACAGUCUAAAGAACAAAGUUUAGGUGAUUUGUCAGGCAACGAGAAUGGGACCCAACCUGUGAACAAGGAACCAGCACCAACAAGGAUGGGGAACCCUGUUGAAAUGAAUGCGGCAAGUGAACCUUGCUUGUCCUGCAAUGCUAAACAACACCAGGAGAAUAAUCAUGCAGAAAAUUCUUUUGAUCCAUCGUUAUUUACUGGUCCUGCCAGCCCAGUGGAAAAGUGGACGUCCAAAGCACAAGCUGCAGAUCUUGAAGCCCCUGAAUCUUCUUCACAGCAUCAAGGUAUUAAAGAAAAUACUUUGAAGGCAAAGCUUCUUGAAGCAAGGCUCGAAAGUCGCCAGUCCCGCUCCAGAGCUUCCAAAGUGCUUUAGUUCAUGAAAAUUUGAAAGGUACAAAUUGAACUUUGACCCUAAAACGUCUCAUCAUCAAUAUUGAGUUCAUCCUUCUUUUAGAUGCAGAUAUUAGACACAGCUCGUACAUUGGUUACUUUGUAACUUUGGGUUUGCGGUGAUGUAAAUGGGAAAUGUAUGUCUUUUAGCAGAUAUGUGAGAAACCUUGUCCACUAAUUAUAAAGUGAUAUGUGGAUCUUAGACAGACCACUUUGGAUAUGGUUCUUUCUGAUAUGUAUGUGCAACUUGUAUCCUUAGAAACGAGCAUAAAAUUUUUACUUCAAGGAACCUUCUAACUUCUAUUGGUUAUUGCUCUUGUGAAGGUUCCUCUUCCUAUAUUUAGGAGAGCAGUAAGGAAUAAUUGUGGAUUUUAUAAUUCCAUUGAAGUUAAUAAAUAUUUACCUUA